GGGCUCGCCGGCAGCCAGCUCGGGCCCCUGCCAGCUCAGCUUCGUGCCCCCGGCGCCGGGCGGCCGGAGAGUCUGGAGCCCGCGCCGUCGCCGGCCGCGUCCCCCGGGCAUGGAAGGAGGCGGCAAGCCCAACUCCUCGUCCAACAGCCGGGACGAUGGCAACAGCGUCUUCCCCGCCAAGGCGCCCGCGACGGGCGCCGGGUCGGCCGCGGCCGAGAAGCGCCUGGGCACCCCUCCGGGGGGCGGCGGGGCCGGCGCGAAGGAGCACGGCAACUCGGUGUGCUUCAAGGUGGACGGCGGCGGCGGCGGCGGCGAGGAGCCGGCCGGGGGCUUCGAGGACGCCGAGGGCCCCCGGCGGCAGUACGGCUUCAUGCAGAGGCAGUUCACCUCCAUGCUGCAGCCCGGGGUCAACAAAUUCUCCCUCCGCAUGUUUGGGAGCCAGAAGGCGGUGGAGAAGGAGCAGGAAAGGGUUAAAACUGCAGGCUUCUGGAUUAUCCACCCUUACAGCGAUUUCAGGUUUUAUUGGGAUUUAAUAAUGCUUAUAAUGAUGGUUGGAAACCUGGUCAUCAUACCAGUUGGAAUCACAUUCUUUACAGAACAAACAACAACACCAUGGAUUAUUUUCAAUGUGGCUUCAGAUACAGUUUUCCUUUUGGACCUGAUAAUGAAUUUUAGGACUGGUACUGUCAAUGAAGACAGUUCUGAAAUCAUCCUGGACCCUAAAGUGAUCAAGAUGAAUUAUUUAAAAAGCUGGUUUGUGGUUGACUUCAUCUCAUCAAUCCCAGUGGAUUAUAUCUUCCUCAUUGUAGAAAAAGGAAUGGAUUCAGAAGUUUACAAGACGGCAAGGGCACUUCGCAUUGUGAGGUUUACAAAAAUUCUCAGUCUCUUGCGUUUGUUACGACUUUCAAGAUUAAUUAGAUACAUACAUCAGUGGGAAGAGAUUUUCCACAUGACCUAUGACCUUGCCAGUGCAGUGGUGAGAAUUUUUAACCUCAUUGGCAUGAUGCUGCUGCUAUGCCACUGGGAUGGCUGUCUUCAGUUCUUGGUACCACUACUGCAGGAUUUCCCACCAGACUGCUGGGUGUCCCUGAACAAAAUGGUUAAUGACUCGUGGGGAAAGCAGUAUUCAUAUGCACUCUUCAAAGCCAUGAGUCACAUGCUGUGCAUCGGGUAUGGAGCCCAGGCCCCAGUCAGCAUGUCGGAUCUCUGGAUUACCAUGCUGAGCAUGAUCGUUGGGGCCACCUGCUACGCCAUGUUCGUCGGCCAUGCCACAGCUUUAAUCCAGUCUUUGGAUUCCUCCAGGCGGCAGUAUCAGGAGAAGUAUAAGCAAGUGGAACAAUAUAUGUCCUUCCAUAAGCUGCCGGCUGAUAUGCGUCAGAAGAUACACGACUACUACGAACACAGAUACCAAGGCAAAAUCUUUGACGAGGAGAACAUUCUCAGUGAACUCAACGAUCCUCUGAGAGAGGAGAUCGUCAACUUCAACUGUCGGAAACUAGUGGCUACCAUGCCGCUGUUUGCUAAUGCAGAUCCCAAUUUCGUGACUGCCAUGCUGAGCAAGUUGAGAUUUGAGGUGUUUCAACCUGGAGAUUAUAUCAUACGAGAAGGAGCUGUGGGUAAAAAAAUGUAUUUCAUUCAACAUGGAGUUGCUGGUGUCAUCACAAAAUCCAGUAAAGAAAUGAAGCUGACAGAUGGCUCUUACUUUGGAGAGAUUUGCUUGCUGACCAAGGGCCGCCGCACUGCCAGUGUUCGAGCUGAUACAUACUGUCGUCUUUAUUCACUUUCUGUGGACAACUUCAACGAGGUCCUGGAAGAAUAUCCAAUGAUGAGGCGAGCCUUCGAGACGGUUGCCAUUGACCGACUAGAUCGGAUAGGAAAGAAAAAUUCCAUUCUUCUGCAGAAGUUCCAGAAGGAUCUGAACACUGGCGUUUUCAACAAUCAGGAGAACGAGAUCCUGAAGCAGAUAGUGAAGCACGACCGGGAGAUGGUGCAGGCGAUCGCCCCGAUCAAUUACCCCCAGAUGACGGCCCUGAAUUCCACCUCUUCCACCAUGACUCCGACCUCCCGCAUGAGGACACAGUCUCCGCCGGUGUACACAGCGACCAGUCUGUCCCACAGCAACCUGCACUCCCCCAGCCCCAGCACGCAGACCCCCCAGCCGUCCGCCAUCCUCUCGCCCUGCUCCUACACCACCGCGGUCUGCAGCCCUCCCGUACAGAGCCCGCUGGCCACUCGAACUUUCCACUAUGCCUCCCCCACUGCGUCCCAGCUGUCCCUCACGCAGCAGCAGCAGCAGCAGCAGCAGCAGCAGCAGCAGCAGCUCCAGCAGCCCCCGCCCCCGCAGCCCCCGCAGCCGCCCCCGCAGCCGCAGACACCGGGCAGCUCCACGCCGAAAAACGAAGUGCACAGGAGCACGCAGGCGCUGCACAACACCAGCCUGACCCGGGAAGUCAGGCCCCUGUCGGCCUCGCAGCCCUCGCUGCCCCAUGAGGUUUCCACUCUCCUUUCCAGACCUCAUCCCACUGUGGGCGAGUCCCUGGCCUCCAUCCCUCAGCCCGUGACCGCCGUUCACGGCCCGGGCCUGCAGGCGGGGGGGGGCAGGGGCACCGUCCCCCCGCGGGUCACCCUGUUCCGACAGAUGUCCUCGGGAGCCAUUCCCCCUAACCGAGGAGCCCCUCCCGCACCCCCUCCACCAGCAGCUGCUCUUCCGAGAGAGUCUUCCUCAGUCUUAACUACAGACCCAGAGGCAGAAAAGCCACGAUUUGCUUCAAAUUUAUGAUCCCUGCUGAUUGUCAAAGCAGAAAGAAAUACUCUAAUAAACUGAGAAUCUCCUCAGAUCUUAUUUUAUUCUAUCUCCUGAUAGAUUCCUAUAGCCUACUAUGAAGAGAUAUUUUAGACAGCUCUGGCCUACAUGCAAAAUGUACAAUAUAUAAAUAUAUAUCUACUAUUAAAUAAUCUAUCUAAAUUCCCAAGAGAAGUUCAAAAGACCUGUUUAGCAUUCAGUGUUAUAUGUCCUCCUUUCUUUAAAUCAUUAAAGGAUUUAAAAUGUUGUUGUAAGAUCAUUUAUUUUUAACCUACUUUUACUGAAUUCCUUUGAUAUAUGUAUUUCUCUACUUUAUGAAGAGUUCUUGGAUUCAGUGGAAACAAAACUCUGAUUUUAAAAGGCAACUCAAGUGAGCUACUGAAUAGCACCAACCAAAACUUCUUUCAUGAGCUGUGUCUCUGCAUCUAAAUUGUUAAUCAUUAAUUAUGGAGAAUUAAAUAGCAAGUCCCAUUUUAUAGAUCCAAAUUGUAUUUUGGUGCUUUCAAUUUUGAAUUAGGUUACAGAACACACGGUGUGCUUGGCCACGGUUGGAGACUAACAUUGCCACCAUUAGGAAUAUCUCUAACCUCAAACAUGUUCAUUGACCUUUCAGAAAGCUGAGGGGAUAUUUGUCUUCAUGUGUUAUUGGACUUUUACCAAGACUCAAUGUUAGUUGUAAAUAACUUUUUCAACCCAAAUAAAAAUAGCUAUUCUGUGCUGUAUGAAGGUAAAAGUCAUCACUUAAGAAUUUAGUUUUAUUGCUUCACUUCAAAACUUAGAGUUUGAAAUUUUACAAAACCUAAUUGUGACAGUUAUUCAACUGUAAUGCAAUGGCUUGAAACCUACAAUAUUAUUUUAACCUGCAAUGUUUUAUGCAAAACUGUAUGCUCAAUUCUACAGAUUGCUUGUAUUACACCAAAAAUCAUUACUUUUCUUCCUUCUUGCCAUAACCAAGCAUCUGAAAAUAGUCCCUGCAUGCUUUUUGGGGGAAAAAAAAUAGGUUCAGAUCAGUCACUGUAGGGAGAGGCUUACAGUAUUUCUCAUUUCUAGAAAAGUAUAACCAUUCAUUAAUUGCCUAUCUUAAAACUCCUGUAAGGCUGACUUGGAUCUCUGACUUAAGUCUAGAAGUGAGGUUUUCACUUUCAUUUAAUAUUAUUACUAUUAUUACUAUUAUUUAAGUAAUGAUUUGUAAACCACAGCUUGAUUGGUGUUGCCAGUGUGUUCUGUGUCUUCACUGUUGGUAGUUGGUAGUUUACCCUGGUGUUCAUUUAAAAUAACUAAGUACAUGAUAGCAUCAUGUCUGGGAACACACGCUUUGUUCUAUGUGUAUUGUAAUAAAAUGGUUAGUAAAUCUUAAGGCAUGUGAUGACUAACAUAGCCCUUAGAUAGGAGAUCCGUUACUCAGAAUGUGCUCGAAAUUGUAUGGACAUGAUGACAGAAAGCAGGGGGCGAACUGAAUGUGAGCAUCGUUUGUUUGUCUGUUUCCUUAACUCUCCAUGAUCUGUGAACAUCCGCUUCUUCUCAGAGAAGUCCCUUAGUAAUCAUUUGUGCCUAAUGCAUCCCACAAAUGUGGUGGAUGACUGGAACACAAUUGGAAGAUUCCUAAUAACCAACUUCUGUAAAUAACCCAAGUUAAAGAGAAUGACCUAAAAUGGAGGUCUUCAGUAUCUUUGACACUGGCGAUGCAUUUAAGAAGAACUUAACAAAGAUCACACAUUAAACGGGGCAGGGCCUCCAGACAGACUUGAGGACAGAAAACAAAACAAAAAGCAAAAACUCUAAAAUGGAUCCAUGCUGCCUGUUAUGCCUUUUAUGGAUAUAAUACCUAUACUACCAAAAUGAGUUGUUAUGUUUCCUUUCUAACAGACCCCAGCUUGUGUGGAAGUAAUCAACUAUGCUAGUCAAUGUAAUGUUGUCAUUAACAUGCUGGUGAUAUCUGAUGGCAUGUCAAGAAUGGUGUAAGAAGGGGAUUGUUCAGUCUACCCAGAGCCUAUGGGAAAGCUGCAAGACCAUUUACAUAUCAGUACAAAACUCCUUUAUUUUAUUAAAAUAUUGAGAAUUAACUUCAA